CCUGGCGUAAUACUCCACAUUUAUCUGUUCGUAAUUCGCUAAGACAUACUUGGCCUGGUCUUUCUUGGGGUGUUGGAGCUUUUAUCGUUUAUUUGGGCGCUGAUGCAGUGAUUUCUCGUAUGAAUAAUCAAAGUAAUGUUAAACCUCAUUCCGAAACAAAGGAAGAAUCUUAA